UCCCGACAGUGAUCCAGUAAAAGUGUCGAUGUGCGGGACAGUGGGGCUACGCUGAGGAAACGCGGGGUUCAGCACAGAAACAGCGCGUUUGCUUUUUAUUGUCUGUACGCGAGAUGAACGGUCUUGUAGGGAUGAAUAAGUAGAGACCUCUUGUUUUAUUUCCUCGUGUUGUUUUCGGACUGGAAACAAAAGGAAGUGGAUCUCCAAGUGUUGUCUGUCUCGUCCCAACUUCGGUUAAGAAGAAUUCUUCGAGGUGUGACAUUCAGAGAGAGAGAGAGAGAGAGAGAGAGAGAGAGGGAGAGAUAUACUCCAUCCACUGUAGACAGAAGCGAUGCUGGUCUGAGAGCGACAUCAUAGACAUGUUAAUGCAGCAUCAUGCCAUCACGGUUCAUCUGUGCAUCUGGAAGAUUGCAGUUUGACUUUGCAGUAGGCAAUGGCUUAUGGGCUUGAACACUGCUGAGGCUGUAGCAGGAUUAAUGGACCAUUUGAACUUUGCAGCCCUGUUUUUCUUCAUGAGGCUAUUUGUCAUCGUGAACGUCUUCACCGCUUUACAUGGUGUGUAUCCGGAUCUGCAGUGGAGAGCUCAGCUGUGCUGUGCACUGACUUCCAAUGGAAACGCCAGUGAGGCAAGCGCUAGCUCCAGCGUUCACAAUCAGAGUCUCAGUCACGUCAACAGCCUUCACAAGUAUCAGUGCCGCAUCAAAAACUCCACAAAUACCACAGAGGAUUCCAGUGUAUCUCAAGAUGUCUCUGAAAACAUCCGUUUGGACAUCCUUUGCUGGCUGGAAGACAAUCAAGCAAAUGUAAUUUGUUAUCUAAAACCCCAAAGAACAACAGCAACGGACACCGGUCAGCUGAUUAUUAGCCUGCGACUGGACUCGGAUACGCUGUCAGAUGAAACGAACAUCACUACUCAGGUGGAGUGUCCUGGCGAAGAUGAGAUCACAUGCUCCUUUGGCCUUCAUACCAACGAUGUCUCGUUCUCGUUGUCUGUUCGUGGAGUUCUCAGUGGCCGUCCUUUACUGACACCCGAGAUGCACAUCAGCACUGAUCUGCUGCGGAAGCCAGACACACCACUUCAUCUGCGGUAUAAUGUAACUACUGAGGGUGAGGUGAUGAUCGCCUGGAAUGACUCACGAAAUAAUAAACACCCACUUCACUACGAGCUCCGCUACUCACCUAACACUUCUCUCACACACUGGGAGGUGCUUAAUGUCCUGCAUCCUUGGGUGUCUUUGAACGAGCUCACUUCUGGAGUCAGAUAUACAGUUCAGGUGCGGUGUAAGACCCUUCAUCACCUUCAUUACCGGAGUGAGUGGAGUGACUGGAGCCAGCCGUUCUACCUCACACUUGAUGUGAGCUACAUCCCUGCUGAAGUGUUCUCCAGGCCUGGUGCAGAAGUAACAGUGUACAGUGUGUUUCACAACCACAGCUGGACUGCCAGUAAAGCUGUGUGGAUGCUGAAUGGCCAGAUGCUUCCAGAAAGCCAAUACCGAAUGAUCAAUGAAAGAGUCAGCGCAGUCACUAUCAGGUCAAAAGAGCCCGGCUUUGAUACACUGAUGUGCUGUUACCCGAUGGGAGAGAGAUAUAAGUGCAGUAUUGCCUACACCAAGGUUUACGUAGAAGGAUUCUUUGAUGCAAAUAUAACCUGUCAAACUGAUCAGCGUUCGAGAGUUGAUUUAAUGACCUGUAAAUGGAAUAAGAGCGUGUGGGCUGUGAUACACUUCCUGUACAGAAGUUCUAGGCGAAUGUGUGAGGAGAUAUCACAUGAGGAAGGUAACAUGACACAAACACAUGGAGAAACCAUGGCUGGGGUGGAGCAGUGCCCAGAUGGAGCUGGAGAUUAUCGUGAAUGCACCCUGCGAGACCUAAGCCUGUUGUCCUGCUAUAAGCUGUGGCUAGUGGUGGAAGGCGGAUAUAAUAAAGUGAGGUCACUUCCUGUCUUUGUCUCACCUAUAGACCAUGUGAAACCGGCCCCAUGUUCAGACCUGGAAGCAGUCAGUUUACCCAACAAAACACUAAGCGUAAGCUGGAAGCGUCCUCACCUGCCUGCGUAUGAUCUGCAAUAUGAGCUACGCUAUGUACCUAUGCAUGUGAUGGCAGAUUUACAGUGGAAGGUGUUUGGCCCUCUGUUUGAGUCAUGGGCAACAAUUCUGGUACAGGACCCUUGCAUACAGUACAAGGUUGAGGUGCGCUGCCGAAGACUUCACGGCCCAGGUUACUGGAGUGACUGGAGCCAGGCUCAUACAUCCUCAGUUUAUAGUAUUAAAGCGCCAGAGAUGGGGCCAGACUUCUGGCGAAUUAUACAAGAGACUCCUUCAAGUUACUCUAAUGUAACUCUGCUCUUUAAGCCACUUCCAGCAGAGGAACCAGCCAGCUGUGUGCAGGGACUUGUAGUCGUGCACCAGACUUCAGGGGGCAUAGUGUGGUCAGAUGACAUAGCCCCAAGCUCAUUUUACACGUUCCAGUGGAGAGAUGACGUGCAUAGUAUCACUGUCAUGUCUCGUAAUUCUUUAGGCUCCUCAGCCAAGAAUAGUAACAUGACUCUGGUGCGUCAACCUAAACGACAGUGUGUGCGUUGGUUCCACGUAGCAGCCAAUGCAUCGUGCGUGUUUCUCUCCUGGAGCCUGGUGUGUGAGCAGCCAUUGCUCCUUUCCUUUGUCCUUGAGUGGCUGGAGCUGAGUGGUGAUUCCAGCCAGGGCAGGACUUCAGUGGGGAGAGUACAGUGGCUCAGAGUUGCCUCAACCGCCAGGGAUCUUCAGCUGUGCCGGCCUUUUUAUGGCACAGAGGAGUUUAAACUGUACCCUGUGUUUGUGGAUGGUGAGGGGGAGCCAGUGAGAUGCACAGCUGUGCGAAGUGACCCUGCAGCCUACAUUCUUCUCAUGAUCAUCGUCUUCCUCUUUGUCGUCCUGUUUGUCACUUUGAUCAUCUCGCAAAACCAAUUGAAGAGGCUCAUGUGGAAGGAUGUCCCAAACCCCAACAACUGCUCUUGGGCCAAGGGGAUAGAUUUCAAAAAGUUGGAUGGCAACCUGUUUGGUCAUCAGGAGGGCCUUACUGCUUGUCCACUUCUACCGAUGUCUGAAAAUAUGUGUGAGGUGGAGAUUGUUGAGAAACUUUUUGCUCUGGAAGAAGACCAAGAAGAGAAGGCACUCCUUCACCAUUCAGUCGAUACAGAAGGCCAAAGUAACAAUCUCUCAUCCAUAGAAGGAUCUUUAGAUCCUCUUUCUCUCGAUACAUACACUGUAGCUGCAACCCCUGAAACGUCAGGUCAGUCGUCUGUAACAUACUCCACAGUCCUGGUGUUUGAUCAGCCUGUCCUCCAAAGGAAGCAGCAGGAGAGUCUGAGCAGCUCCAGUGACGAGGGCAACUUCUCUGCCAAUAACUCCGACAUCUCCGGCUCCUUCCCUGGAGGCCUCUGCGAGCUGGAGAGUCAUUCCUCUUCUGAUGGCGCCAAUCCCCGAAACUCUUGCUCCUACAACUCGGUGGAGGAGUUUUCUGAAACGUCAGAACAAGAGGAUGAAGCUUCAGAGAACACACAAGUCUCCAAAGAACUCUACUACAUGGGAAUGAACGAAGAAGAAGAAGACGAUGAGCUUGAGGAGGAGUUUAAGGAGGAAGAUGGAACAGAGGAGCAGAUUCCAGAUUUCAGUCCAGAGCUGGAAUGCAAGAAUUCGAAAGCCAGUGAUUCAAACGUCCCUCUCUAUCUGCCACAAUUCCGGACUUCAGCCAUUAAACUCCUGAGAGAGACAGUGAGCGACAGCGCCAUCCAGCUGUGAUCUGAAAUAUGGGCUCUACCUUCUAGAAAUGGUGACACUGUAUGUUUUAAAUCCUUUAUAAUUCCCUGCUUCUUCUAUGAUCUCAUUCCUGAUAAGGAAAAUCUGAUCUGGGCAUGACGAGUUGGACUAAUAAAGGAUUUUAUGCAGAAAGGUUGGUGUAUCACUUUUCUGUGAUUAGCUCGUCUUAUUUCUUUUUUCCCUUAACAAUAAGAGAAACUAUGAAAGAAACCAGCCGAAGUUUCUUUAACUUGAAACAUUUCCUGUUAUCAGAGAACAGUCUGACUGUGAAUGUCAGCUGACAGGUUAAAUGUCAUCCUGUUAUUAUUACAACUUGCUGCUUAACAUCCUCGUCAAGGGAAAUCUAAUUUGGAAGUACUGACUGCUAUGAAAUGCUGGAAGAGGCAGUAUAUGUAUGUUUCUGUGUGGGGAAACCCUUCACUUUGACCAGUUUUGACAUUUUCUACUAUACAUAGUUUUGGAAACUACAGGCUUCUCUGAACUGAAUUGUUUUGCAUGUAUAACAAGUUCUAUCAUUUUCAAUGAAGUGAAAAGGGAGAAAAUGGCAUUUAUCUAGCCUUGCCUACCUCUAUAUGGGGAAAAAAAAACUACAACACAACAACAUAAAUUGGAAAAAAUGAUAAGUAUACAGCGAGAAAUGAGCCACUGAUUUAUCAGCAUCAUCCGUCAGUGUCUGUCUCAUUACCUGAGUUAAAAAUCACUCAUAGCAUUUAAACUCAAGCACAAGGUAAAGGUCAUUCAUGGCAUUUAAGAGCGUUGUCUGCUCUCAUCUGUACAGAGUGCCUAAGUGCUCUUCUCUGUUUUGAUGGCGAUGUGACACGUACAUUCAGAAAGCCAGUAUCUGUUUACAAACUGAAUUGAUCAGGCUUAUGUCUGUUACACGACGGCACAUUUUUAUCCAACAACCUGAUCAAAUCUUGAGAAAAGCACAUUUCGUUAUCAAGGUUUUCUAUAUAUUUAGGCAGACUGACUGCAUUUACAGCUGCAUUGUUUAAAUAUGGUUCUUUAUCCAACAUGAUCUUUGCAGGCAGAUAGCCAAAGCAAGGCUAUAAAGUAAAUAAAAACAUCAUUUUAGUAAAAAUAUAUUUAUGGUUUCUUAAAAUAGAGAGGUAAAAGUAUAUUACUAUCCAAAACUUAAUUUUGGUCAAAACAGUGGUCGCUCAGUGGUUUAAGGCUCUGGGUUACUGAUCAGAAGGUCAGGAGUUCAAACCCCAGCACUGCCAAGCUACCACUGUUGGGCCCUUGAGCACGGCCCUUAACCCUCAAUUGCUCAGUUGUAUAAAUGAGAUAAAUGUAAGUCGCUCUGGAUAAGGGCGUCUACCAAAUGCCAUGUAAAUGUAAAACCCAAUACUUUGUCAUGUGACAGGAUUUCCCAGACCACCACACACGUACUGUAGCAGGAAAAACAAAGGACGUUAGUUCCUCAGGCAUCAAGAACCCAAGUCACCAUUGUGGUUUAGUGGAAUUUAGUGGUAUUUAAGAUGCUUUGUAAAAGCAAGCACAAGCAGUGCCAUUUAAAUCUGUUCAAGAUUUAAGCUGCAUGGAUGAGUCGACUGAAACUGUAACAACGUGACAAAAUAUUGUUAUAUUUCAUUGAUGUUUGAUUGUGAAUGUCUGUUUUAUCAUCUGUGUUUACGUUCUUUGAAAUCUCAAGCAUCAAAUGUGAAAUGUUCCGUCUAUGUUAUUUUGUAUCAGAACCAGUGUAUGAUGACCACUGAAUGUUACUGACCGUGAUGGAAUUGGAUUCAAAUGUUAAUGUUUCUAAAGAAUGUGUGUACAGUAUAUAAAUAAUUGAUGUCUAUUUUUCUGGUCUGAAUAAACUAUUUAUUGCAA